UAAUAUUAUUAUUGCUGCUCUGGGAUGCCUAAAAUGGUCGCUGUCUCAGUUGAUUAUAACUUUUCUAUCAGAACCUGAAUACCUCUGCCCUUGUGAAGCAGACUUUAUGAGUUGCUAAACAGCAGAGAAUUAUUUCCUUUUCUUGGAUUCUGGAGAAGAUGAGAGUUUCAACAAUGGCUCUUCUUCGUAGAGGUUUUGCUGCAAACAAGAGAGGUACUGUAACUUCUCCACCUUCUUUUCUCUCUUCAUCUUUUCAUAAUCUCAGCCACGAAAAUAGGCCCUCUUCGCCUAAGCCCAGAAUAGAUUUCAGUUGUAUUCAUGAAGUAGAUGAUGCUGUUUUCUUGUUUCGUCAAAUGCUCAGAAUGCGCCCACAGCCUUCUGUUGUUCAAUUCACCAAACUGUUGAAUGUUGUUGUCAAGAUGAAACAAUACCAUGUUGCCCUUAAUGUAUUCGACGAAAUGCGUCAAUCGGGUGCCCCUGUAAACGAGUAUACAUUGACUCUCGUGAUUAAUUGCUAUUGCCUUCUCAAUCGAGUAGACUUUGGAUUUGCUGUCUUGGGCAGUUUCUUCAAGUGCGGUUACAAGCCUGAUGUCACUACUUUCAACACACUUAUAAAAGGGCUCUUUUUAGGUGAUAAAGUCGUCGAGGCAGAAAAAUUAUUCAAAAAGUUAUUGACGCUGAAAAUCUGUGAACCUGAUGAAGUUACUAUUCUUACUGUGAUAAAUGGGCUAUGCAAAGCUGGACACACUCUCACUGCAUAUGAUUUGCUUGGGUUAUUUGAAAAGACAAGCUUCAAACCUGAUGUUAAAACUUAUAGCACAGUAAUUGAUAGUUUGUGCAAGGAUCGUAUGGUUGAUGAUGCGCUCCAGCUCCUAGCCAAAAUGAUUGACAAGGGCAUUUCACCCGAUAUUGUCACAUAUAGUUCUAUACUUCAGGGUUUGUGCAAUUUUGGUAGAUGGAAAGAGGCGAAAGACUUAAUUACUAAAAUGGUGGAUUACAAGAUAUCUCUAAAUGUGAUUACUUUCAGUAUAUUGGUAGAUGCAUUUUGCAAGGAAGGACUGGUCAAAGAGGCUGAGGAUGUUGUUGAAAUUAUGAUGCAAAGAAACAUUUCUCCUAAUGUUGUCACGUACAAUACUCUCAUAGAUGGUUACAGCCUGGUUGGGCAAAUUGAUAAAGCAAGAAAACUACUUGACUCCAUGCCAGGUAGGGGCUUGAAGCCUUCUAUCAUGAGCUAUAAUAGCUUGAUCAAUGGAUAUUUCAAGAAGGGAAAGUUAGAGGAAGCUUGGCGCCUUUUCCUCGAAGUUCCUCGUAAAGGGUUAGAUUACGAUGUAGUUACCUAUAACAUCAUGCUACAAGGAUUAUUUUGUGCAGGUAGAUGUGCUGAUGGAUUGAAGCUUUUCAAAGAUAUGCACACUCAUCAACUAAUUCCCGAUGUAGUGACUUACAAUACCUUGUUGAAUGGCUUGUGCAUGAACAAGCAGAUUGAUGAAGCAUUUUGUUUCCUACAGAUAAUGGAGGAACAAGGUGUUAAUCCUGACAAAACUACAUACAGUAUACUCAUCCAUGGAUUGUGCAAGGAUGGAAAAGUUGAGAUUGCAACUGAUCUUUUCAAUAGCCUCCCUUGUAAAGGUUUGCGACCUAAUGUUCAAUUAUAUAAUAUCAUUAUUGGUUCACUAUGUCAAGAAGGACAUGCAGAGGAGGCAAAAUGUUUGCUGGUGGAAAUGGAAAAAAGUGGUUGUGCACCUAAUAGUGUGACAUAUAACGUAUGUAUCCAGGGUUUGCUUAAAAGAAAGUUGUUUCUUGAGGCAAAGGCAUUCUUGAAUGAAAUGCACAGCCGAGGAUUCUCGCCCGAUUCAACUACUGUGUCUCUAUUCCUUGAUCAACAACAAGAAGGUGGUCUAAUUCUGGAGAAGAUGAGAGGAUUUGCUGCAAACAAGAGAGGUACUGUAACUUCUCCACUCUCUUUUCUCUCUUCAUGUUUUCAUAAUCUCAGCCAUAAGAAUAUGCCCUUUUCUCCAAAUCCCAGAAUAGAUUUCAGUUGUAUUGAUGAAGUAGAUGAUGCUGUUUUCUUGUUUCGUCAAAUGCUUAGAAUGCGCCCACAGCCUUCUGUUGUUCAAUUCACCAAACUGUUGAAUGUUGUUGUCAAGAUGAAACAAUACAGUGUUGCCCUUAAUGUAUUCGACGAAAUGCGUCAAUGGGGUAUCCCUGUCAACCAGUGGACAAUGAAUAUUGCAAUUAAUUGCUAUUGCCUUCUCAAUCGAGUAGACUUCGGAUUUGCUAUCUUGGGCAGCUUCUUCAAGUGCGGUUACAAGCCAGAUGUCACUACUUUCACCACACUUAUAAAAGGGCUCUUAGGUGAUAAAGUCGUCGAGGCAGAAAAAUUAUUCAAAAAGUUAUUGACGCUAGAACUCUGUGAACCUGAUGAAGUUACUAUUCUUACUGUGAUAAAUGGGCUAUGCAAAGCUGGACACACUCUCACUGCAUAUGAUUUGCUUCGGUUAUUUGAAAAGACAAGCUUCAAACCCGCUGUUUCUUCUUAUAACACAGUGAUUGACAGUUUGUGCAAGGAUCGCAUGGUUGGUGAUGCACUACAGCUCCUAGCCAAAAUGAUUGACAAGGGCAUUGCACCCAACAUUGUAACAUAUAAUUCAGUGGUUCAAGGUUUGUGCAGUUUCGGUAGAUGGAAAGAGGCAAAAGACUUAAUUACUGAAAUGGUGGAUCACAAGAUAUCUCUAAAUGUGUUUACUUUCAGUAUAUUGGUGGACGCAUUUUGCAAGGAGGGAUUGGUCAAAGAGGCGGAGGAUGUUGUUGAAAUUAUGAUGCAAAGAAACAUUUUUCCUGAUGUUGUCACGUACACUACUCUCGUAGAUGGUUACAGCCUGGUUGGGCAAAUUGAUAAACCAAGAAAACUACUUGACUCCAUGCCAGGUAAAGGUUUGAAGCCUUGUAUCAUCAGCUAUAGUAGCUUGAUCAAUGGAUAUUGCAAGAAUGGAAAGGUAGAGGAUGCUUGGGGCCUUUUCCUUAAAGUUCCUCGUAAAGGGUUAGAUUACGAUGUAGUUACCUAUAACACCAUGCUGCAAGGAUUAUUUUGUGCAGGUAGAUGUGCUGAUGGAGUGAAGCUUUUCAAAGAUAUGCAAGCUCAGCAGCUAAUUCCCAAUAAUACCUUGUUGAAUGGCUUGUGCAUGAACAAGCAAAUUACUGAAGUAUUUUCUUUCCUACACGUAAUGGAAGAACAAGGUGUUUAUCCUGAUUUAGUCACAUACACUAUACUCAUCCAUGGACUCUGCAAGGAUGGAAAACUUGAGAUUGCAAGAGAUCUUUUCAAUAGCCUUCCUUCCAAAGGUUUGCAACCCAAUAUUGAAAUAUAUACAACCAUUAUUGGUUCACUAUAUCAAGAUGGACGCAUGGAGGAGGCAAAAUGUUUGCUUGUGGAAAUGGAAAAAAGUGGUUGUGCACCUGAUAGUGUGACAUAUAUCGUCUGUAUCCAGGGUCUGCUUAAAAGAAAGUUGUUUGCCGAGGCAAAGGCGCUCUUGAGGGAAAUGCACAAGCGAGGAUUCUCACCUGAUUCAACUACCGUGUCUCUGCUCCUUGAUCAACCGCAAGACGAAGGUUUAAGAUAAUAUUUCUCUGAAAGUUUUGAUAAGUGCUAAUGUGUGAUGCAUGCUAUAGUAAUAUCUUAACACUCUAUGUUUGAGGAAACUUGCUACUACCAGCAUCAGCUCUGUCUCCACUGCUUCAGCAUCAUUGAAAGGUUUCAAUUUUCUGAAUGUUGGCAUCAUUGAUGUUGUUAUUGGUAAAAAAAAUGCAAAUAGUUUUGGUUCUCAGUUUGUAUUCCAUGUCGUAGCAACUUUUUAACUUUCUAGUGGAAUGUAAUUUCAGAACUUCAGUAGAAAUAUGUCUGAAAUGAAUAUGAGAAAAGGUAAAGACAUUGAAUCCUACAAGAUUAAACUGUGAAA